CUUCAUUUUGUACAGACUGUUACAUACAAUCACCUCUCUUUGAAGGUAAUUGACGCUCACUUUCACACACAAAAUUGCUUUUUGCAUUUCCUACUUUUAAUCAUCUAAAGCUAUAUUGUUAGAAAACUAUUAUUCUGCGUCCAGGCAUGGCAAUGAGUGGAUUGUUGGUGUGCGCCCUCAUGGCAGCGCUAGUGGGGGUUGGUUUGACAUCGCCCGUAUCCAAGUCGGAUGACAACACCAAACAGGGUGGGAUACUGCCACAGCUACUGGCCAGGGGGGAGGCAGUGAGGAAUGCUGCGGAGAACGUCGCUAGGCGGGAGCAAGACACUCAAAUGAGCAUGGCACGGAUGGAGAGGAUGGCGCACCUGUCGGAGGACCAGCGCGAGUUCAUGUCCAAGAAAAUCAUGCAGGCCAUCUCAGGUACAUGGUGGUGUCGAGUUGAGUUAAGUGUGUGUGUGUGUGUGUGAGAGAGAGAGAGAGAGAGAGAGAGAGAGAGAGAGAGAGAGAGAGAGAGAGAGAGAGAGAGAGAGAGAGAGAGAGAGAGAGAGAGAGAGAGAGAGAGAGAAGUGUAUCGUCGUUCGCUUGAGCACUUUAAACGCACAUUGAACUUUUCUGUUUGGUUCAUGUAGGUUUGUAUUGUUCGCAGAGAUGAUGAACGAGUGUCCGGACCGAGACUACCAAGGAUGGGUAGACUUUGGACGGCGAAGUGCAGAGUAGAGACGUACCAGAGGCCAACUGAGGAACGUCUGCCUGCACUGGCGUUACUCAGGAAUAUUUACAUUGGUUUAUGUCAUUUGAUUUUUGCUUUUAAUCCAAGUGUCAUAAUAAACAUGUUUGCAGUA